AGUCGUACUCUGGUGGAGUGGCCGGGCCCAGUCAGGUUCCAGGCCACGCACCAGCUCGAGAGUUCUGAACGCGCCGCAUAGCUUUCAGUCUGUUCCCGUCACCAUGGCAUCGCGCACACACUGCGGCGUCCUGGGGACGGCCGGGACCGCCAUCGUGCCGCUCCUCUCGGCCGCCAUCCUGGUCGGGGUCGUCUCGGCGGCCAAACUGCCCGCCGACAUCAAGCGCUGCGCCCGAACCGACCCCAAGUUUUUCUCGUGCCUGCGCGACGCGGUACAGGACACGCUGCCCAAGCUCAAGAACGGCCUGCCCAAGCUCGGCCUGCCGCCGCUGGACCCGCUGCUCGUCAGUGAGCUGAGGAUCAGCCAGGGUGAUGGCCCCGUGGGUCUCAAUCUCGUAUUCAAGGACCUCGUCACCACGGGGCUCCUCGACAACGACAAGGUGUACAACACCGAGAUCGACCUCGAAAACCUGACGAUCAACGCCACGUUCCUGUUUCCCCGUGCCAUCGCAACCAGCAACUACACCGUCAACGGACGCGUGCUUCUCCUCCCGGUGACCGGCGCUGGCGGCAGCAAGGUCGUCCUGAAGGACUGCACCUGCAAAUGGCACAUACAAGGAAAGAGGAUAAAGAAGAAGGAUGGAAAAGAAUACAUGGACAUACAAACCACGGAGAUAAAAAUGACACCAAAGAAAAUGGAGCUACAGCUUGACAACCUCUUCGGCGGUGACCCUCGGCUAGGAACGACAAUGAAUCGUGUUUUGAAUGAUAAUUGGGAGCUGGUGUACAAUGAAAUUGGCUCUUCAUUUGAAAUAGCUUAUGCUGAGGUAGUUAGACAACAUGCUAGGUCCUUAUUUCUGCAUGUCCCUCUUGAUGAACUAUUUCCUGAAAAGUUGUAGAUAGACAACUUGUACUCCUGAGAGCAAUAGAACAUUAGCAGAACAAGAUCUAGAAUUAAUUAUUGUUAAGAAUUAAAACUUUGUUAGGAGUAAUAUAUACCUUAAAUAAUGAAGUACAAAUAUGAUGGGUUACAGAAGCUGCUAGUCAUAAAAAAUGAAGAAGAUUGUUGCUGUUA